GGUAUAGUACCGAUUUCAAUUGAUUAGUACCACGAUACUUUAUUAGUAGCAGUAUACUGUACAACCCUACUACACACACAUACAGUACAUAGAAGAAAGUGUGUUUUUGUUGUUUGUGUCUUGCAGACGUCCAGCAGCUGAUCGGUAAUCCAGAAGAAGUUUCCCCUCAGUUAGGGGGGAGCUCCACUUUGAAGCAGGAGACUCCACAACCACCCUGCAUUAAAAAGGAAGAGGAGGAACUCUGCAUCACUCAGGAGGGAGAGUGUCUUCUAGGACGAGAGGAAGCUGAUUACACCAAGUUUCCACUGAGUAUUCUCUCUGUGAAGACUGAAGAUGAUGAAGAGAAACCACAAGUAGACAACCUCUUAGCUCCACUAUCAGAUAGUGAGGCUGAAGACGAGGUUGAAGAACCUUUGAGCAGCGAUAAAGACUGUGAAGGUGAUAUGAGGACUCACACUGACAACAAACACUCUGAAUGCUCUACAAAGAAGAGAGGUAAAACAUGUUUGAGCUGCUCAGUUUGUGCUGAAGGUUUUACUAAAAAGAGCAGUUUGACUCAACACAUGAGAACACACACAGGUGAAAAACCAUUUAGUUGUUCAGUUUGUGGCAAAAGCUUUUUUCGAAAUUAUGGUUUGACUGAACACAUGAGAACACACACAGGAGAAAAAACAUUUAAGUGUUCAGUUUGCGGCGUAGGUUUUUCUCGAAAUAGCCAUUUGACUCAACACAUGAGAACACACACAGGUGAAAAAACAUUUAAUUGUUCAGUUUGUGGCAAAGUAUUUUCUCGAAAUUUUCUCUUGACUCGACACAUGAGAACACACACAGGUGAAAAACCAUUUAGUUGUUCAGUUUGUGGCAAAAGCUUUUUUCGAAAUUAUGGUUUGACUGAACACAUGAGAACACACACAGGAGAAAAAACAUGUAAUUGUUCAGUUUGUGGCAAAAGCUUUUCUCAAAAUAGCUCUUUGACUCAACACAUGAGAACACACACAGGUGAAAAACCAUUUAAUUGUUCAGUUUGUGGUAAAAGCUUUUCUCAAAAUAGCGAUUUGACUCGACACAUGAGAUUACACACAGGAGAAAAAACAAUUAAUUGUUCAGUUUGUGGUAAAAGCUUAUCUCAAAAUAGCGAUCUGACUCAACACAUGAGAACACACACUGGUGAAAAACCAUUUAAUUGUUCAGUUUGUGGCAACAGCUUUUCUCAAAAUGGCUCUUUGACUCAACACAUGAGAACACACACAGAAGAAAACAAAUUUUACUGUUCAGUUUGUGGUAAAAGCUUUCCUCAUAACAGCUCUUUGUGUCGACACAUGAGAACACACGCUGGAGGAAAACCAUUUAGUUGUUCAGUGUGCUGUAAAAGGUUCACACAUAAUGUAGACGCAGUUAAACACAUAAGAACACACAAGGGAAAAUAACCAAUUAGCUGUUUAGUUUGUGGUAUGUUGCUCAUAUGUGGUGACAUCCACCCUACCCAGGACCUCCUCACUGCUUCUUUCACAAAUAUCUGAGGUAUUCAUACAAACUUGGAUUAUUUGGAGCAUAAUCUUAUCCACUCAUGACCCCAUGUCUUCUCUGUAUCUGAAACCUUCCUGAACAAUAAGAUAGAUCAGUGGUUCUCAAAUGGGUUUACGCGUACCCCUGGGGGUACUUCAAGGUAUGCCAAGGGGUACGUGAGAUUUUUUUUUAAAUGUCUGUCAAAGAACUGUGAAAAGAAAUGCAACAAUGCAAUAUUCAGUGUUGACAGCUAGCUUUUUUGUGGACAUGUUCCAUAAAUGUUGAUGUUAAAGAAUUCUUUUUUUGUGAAAAAAGUUUAGAAUUCAAGUUAAAGUUAAAGUACCAAUGGGUGUGGUGAAAUUUGUCCUCUGCAUUUGACCCAUCCCCUUGUUCACCCCCUGGGAGGUGAGGGGAGCAGUGGGCAGCAGCGGUGCCGCGCCCUGGAAUCAUUUAUGGUGAUUUAACCCCCAAUUCCAACCCUUGAUGCUGAGUGCCAAGCAGGGAGGUAAUGGGUCCCAUUUUUGUAGUCUUUGGUAUGACUCGGCCGGGGUUUGAACUCACAACCUACCCAUCUCAGGGCGGACACUCUAACCAC